AUUUUGUUUUGAAAGCAUAGACACAUUAAUAUGCGACAAUAAAGCAUGCGAGAAUUGGAGCUGAGCAUAUAAUAAUAGAAAAUAGGAUUCCCAGAGCGUAAAGAUAUUUCCAAAUUGGUAAAUUGAAUUUAAUAAUAGAGAGAUGUUAUUGCAAAGAAGAAGGCGAGCUAUCACUAAUCACCCACCGGUGACAAACUAAUAUAUUUACAUUUAUUUAUAUAUUAUUAUUAUUAUAUACGUAUGUGUGUAUAUAUUUCGGACAGCUGUUUUCUCACCUGAACAAAAAAGGGGAAAAGAAUAAGGAAGAAAAGGAAAAGGUUGUCGACUCUCCGUUUGAGGAAUCAAUGGAGUUUUACACAUACCCAUCUCAUCAUUUUCCCCCAUCAUCAUCGCCAUCAUCGUCGUCAUCAUCAUCAGAGACGUAUUCUUCAUUCGGAUUUCUAGUCAAUAAGAUCAAAGAUUUCAUUCGAUGCGCGGUUUCUGCUGUCGUGGGGAACGUUUUCUCCGCAAUUUUUACAUUUUUCUUCGCUUUGAUUGGAACUCUACUUGGAGCAAUUACAGGAGCUUUGAUCGGCCAAGAGACGGAAAGUGGGUUUAUUAGAGGGGCUUCGGUAGGAGCCAUUUCCGGGGCUGUUUUCUCUAUUGAGGUCUUCGAGUCCUCUCUGCUUUUAUGGCAGUCGGAUGAAUCUGGAUUAGGGUGUCUCCUCUAUCUGAUUGAUGUCAUAGCAAGCCUCCUGAGUGGUAGACUUGUACGUGAACGUAUUGGACCAGCUAUGCUAAGUGCAGUGCAAAGCCAGAUGGGAGCUGUUGAAGCACCAUUUGAAGAAGUCCCGAACAUCUUUGACACGGGAGGGGCAAAAGGUUUAUUGGUAGAUAUGGUUGAAAAGAUCCCAAAGUUCACAAUCACCGGAGAUGAAAGUGCAGAUACUUCAGGGGAUGGAGUCUCGUGUUCAGUUUGUCUUCAGGACUUUCAGCUGGGGGAGACCGUACGUCGCUUGCCACAUUGUCACCACAUGUUUCAUCUUCCUUGCAUUGAUACUUGGCUGGUGAGACAUGGUUCUUGCCCAUUGUGCAGAAGGGAUCUGUGAUAUACUUAUUCUGAUUAUAUUACAUGAAAAACCGGUUUUUUUAUUUCUUUAUACUUACAUGUAGGGUAUGACCAUUCGUCCGUUGGAUCCAUUAGUUGUAGAAUAUCUCCCUAAAGUCUCUCAUAUGUAUGUAAAAAAAAAUCUAGACACCAGUUUCGGUUUUGGUCAUUCUGUUUGAUCAUCCUUUAGUGUAGAGAAAAUUUUGACUUGUGAUAGCGGUCUCAUCGUGUCCUAUGUUUGGUUUUAGCUGUAUACAUUGUAUUUUAACAACACUAAACCUUGUAUUCUACGCCACGAGUUAGGGUUUCUUGGUCGAACAA